CUCAAGUGCUCCAAUUGGGAGAGAUCCACAGGCAGACUUCGGACUUACAGGCUCUGCAGGCUCCUCUCGAGGACGGCCAUGCCGCCAUGGCGCCCAAACAGAAGACCUUCGAGCUGAUCCCAGACCUGCCCGGCGUCGGCAUGGCGCAACAGGUUCAGCAUCAACAAUCCGCCGCCGCCGCCGCCGCCGCCACUGUUGUUCAGAGCAGACCACCCAUGACGACCAAGCAGGCGAAGAAACUCUACCGCCAGAAGGGCAAGGGCCCCAAACUCUCAAAGGCUGAACAGCGGCGCAUCGAUCUCAUGGAACAGGAUCGCAUCCGCAAGGAAUUCGAGAAGGAGAAGGCACAGGCCAGGGCACGCACUGCGAGGGACAAGAAGAAGGCAAAGGAGGACAAGGAGAGGGACGACAAGAGGAGGAAGGGGCUGCCCCUGGUCGAGGUCCACCCCAGCCAGGACACAAUCUCGAGGUUCAUCAGCAGGCUGGGCGCCCGCCCGACGAGUAACACCCGCCUGGCCUCAGUCCACGAGGCCGAGGCCGAGUCCGCCACCGAGGCCGAAUCCGAUGCUGAAGUACAGCACGAACAGUGCGAGGAGCCGGGUGAAGACCCCAGGGGAGCCACGGGGAAAGAGAACGAGGACCCGGCGGAUGCCCUCGCAGACUCGGCAGAAAGAACAGCCAAGCGGCGGAGGCUGGACCGGCCAGGCGGGAAUCUGCUCGACAGGAUGAUACAUAUUCCUUCCCAACUACCAGCCAGAGCCCGCCCCGUCGCAAGGGUUGCCCAGGAGGUGGAGGUGGAGGCCUGGUCGCGGCCAAGCAGUGUCGACGCCGACGACCCCGCCACCGAGGCCAUGCUGGAAGAUCAGCUCAUAGCAGAUGUCGAACUUGCCUCCUCCAAGAGUGCAGCCAGAUCAAGCCCGAAUAGACAGAGCCCACCAAGAGAAGUCCCGCCGUUAAGCAGGGCUCCACUGCCAGCGCCGCCCCGUCCUCCAUCGCGACCUCAGCUUCCCGCACAACAGAAAUUGCAAGCCCGUCAAAUACAAGCCGGGACUAGACCUCCCAUCGGGGCUGUCCACCAUACAGGCGCUUUCCGCCCGAGGCCAGCCGACAACACCUUCAAGAAGCCUGUCGUGCCAUUCGUCCAUGCAGACAAGCAGAGCCAUGCCCUCCGCGGCGCCUGGGCCAUAUCACCAGGUCCUCCGAAAUUCAAACCACCCUCUGCACCUAUCAUCCCGCGUUCCGCCAUGCCGAGAUUCCUGCCCAAGCCAGCCAAACCUCCACCCAUACCACUACCAGUACAGGCUUCUCCUACUUACGCAGGCUCGAGGCGACCCGCCAACCAAGCAGCCGAUGCUUUCCCCACGAGCACUCAGCUUCUGGUGAUGAACCAUGUGGACGAACUCUUCCCGAGCUCCUCCCAGGAAGCACGAGAGCUUCUCGAGGAUCACCCGCCAGCCGCGGCAGCCACGAUACCAAGCGGCCCGCCGUCGCCGCUUCACAACCCUACGUCACUCAAUGGUGGGCGCGCGGAGCCUUCUUCGGACGGGAGGCCAUCAAGUGUGGCAGUCCCCCGACGACCUUCGCCGCCUUCUGGGGGUCAGCCGGGCGAGACUCUCUUGGCCGAAAUCCCUUUUCUUGCCACUCAAGAUCUGAUUCUAUCUUCUCAAGAUAUGAUAGAGCUAGAGACGCCUAGUAAAGUGCGAGAAGGGCCUUCAUUACGGGGCCUGCAUGUUACCAGUCCGAGGAACGACUUGCCCUUACUCCCAGAGAACUUGACCCUUUGCCCUGACGACAAGAACCAAGCCCCCUCCGACGCUCAGGCAUCAUGUCCAGUCAUGGCGCCCACUACGAUAAGGGGAGGGGCGGGAUCGCAUUGCUCCCAGGUUCUGGCCGCUUCAAAGUCCGGGCCUGGCCCCUGUGGCACACCGCUGGGCAAGACGGCUGAGGAGGUUAUACGAUGCCCGACUCAGGCACACAUGCGUCCACGGUCGCAACGUCUUCAGGCCUCCAGAAACGGGUCUCUUCCCUCUAGGCCAACCUCGCAGGUCAGCAUGUUAUCCCCGCCACGGAAGAGGGGUGGCGUUCGCGAUGCUGUCGGUCAGUGCCAGCCGGACGAGGGCUUUGGGUGUCGCCCUCUAGACAAACCUUCACAACCAGACUCGCCCUCGGAUGGUAGCACUGCCACCAAGCCUUCUCCAAAGGGCUGCGCCAUGCCGCCAGCGGCGUCGCCCCCCAAGAAACGAAUGUUUGGCUCCAGUGGGCCCGGCGCCGAAGUGCUCGUCGCCAUGGAGCGCAGUUACAGAGAGAGCCUGGCUGAGGAGCGGAGGCGCAAGGAAGAGCUCCGGCUACAGGCGAGAAAGGUCCUGUCCGAAGAACCUGCCAAACAAGACCAUGGCGAGAUUGUUGAGGACGACCUCAUUGACGACGAAAUUGAUUUUGGGGCCAUUCAGGCAUGUGAUUCCCGUGCGCUUCCCGACGAAGUCCACAGCGCUGGCAGGUCCCCGGCUGCAUCAGGAUUACGCAGUCCCAUCCGGAUGAGCACUUGUGCAGAAUCUCAUGCCCCAUGCGGGGCUUUAGGCCGCGGGAUAGGGCCGGUGGCCUCGCAAGAGACGGACUACGGGGACUUUGACUUUGAGGCCGAGGAAGAACUUGAUGUUCUGGCCGAUAUUACGUGGGCCGAUGAUGACUUGAGCGACAUAUGACGGCAAUUCAGCAGCUGCUGUGGUGUGGCCAUGACACACUCCCAUCCCUCGACCAUCGGCGAACCGAGGUGGCGAGGCGCGGGUAUGAGGCGCAUGAUCGUUUUUCAUUUUAUAUUUCCUCUCAAGCAUAGCGAAAGCAUUGGACGGUUGGGACGAGGGCGUGGGCUGCAAUCAGCAUUGGGGAUGAGGCCACGCAGAGGUCGUCAUCAGGAGUUCGUUUUUGGGCGGCGGUGCCAGCUGUCGGUGUAUUCAUCCAAGACUAUUGACGACCUACCAUCAUCAUCAAGCACAUGUCUGUGUCGUGCCACGUUAGACGCUCCUGUCUGUCUUGUACAACGGUGAGCCGAGCACCUGACGUCCCGAUUGCCGCACUCGGUCGCGCCAAGAGGGCCUCUCCCCGAUGCCAUUGUGGUGUACGGCAAGGCGGAGGGAUCUUCGCAUGGCCUCCAUCGGCUCGGAAGGGG